UUACCCGCAGUUUUACACUUCCACCAUCAUCGCAUCACUCAACCACACCACUUACUCUUACAAUUCUAAUUCCGACACGUUCCUCUUGCGUAUCGGCAAACCCUUGGAUGUCAGCAAAGUGGAAUCAGGCAUGCUUGGCACAAGAAGGAAGCCGAGCGUGAGUCGACGCUCACUCGGAAUCCAGGGCCAGGUUCAAAGAGACAGAGACACGGACAGAGACAGACGCUGAGGCGGAACUGAAGGCACAUCCUCAAUCACCAUGGCUCACUCGCCGCCUGCGCCAUCGCGACCUCCACUCCCUCAGACACAAACGUCAUUUUCGCGCAACUUCAGUUCUGCAAAUGGCAGACCCAGCCCGCUUGGUCCUCAGUCACCUCCGUUGGCGAUGAACUACUCCUCGCCUUCGCCUCAAGCAUUCUCGCCUCAGCAAUAUUUUCAACCGCCGGCUGCUAAGAGACCCAGACUGUCUCCUGAUGUCCAGUCCCCUUCUGCCGCUCAAAGCUUUCCUCCAACCCCAACGGCGCUGCCAACCACUCCGAUCGGAAAUGCCCCCUUGAAUGGAUCAGCCGCAGCCGCCCCUGCGCAAGGGUUGAUGCCUCCUCCCCAACGUCCGCCCGACAAAGCAGAAGAUCGGAACUAUGAGGAUAUUUUAGUUGGAACUGGAAUCAAUAUUGAAGAAGAGGCUAGGAUGCUCGUUCAGAAUGACUACUUUGGCAGUUCAACUCCCAAAACAGCCACUUCUGGCAGCUUUGAGUAUCAAAACAAUUCCUUUCCGGCUCCCGUGUCUAGUGGAGGCGCAACAACCUCACAACAGGAACAAACAGAGGGUCUCACUCAGGAAUAUCAGCCGUCAGAGGAAGAGAUGAAAGAGAGAAACGAAGCCCGGGCCGACUGGGAAGCGUCUAGGUACAGCCAGUAUCCGCUGUGGGACAUGUUUUUGUUGGGCGGCGCGCUCAAUGAAAAGAUUCGAAAUAUCAGUAUCACUGAACAUUUGGUUGAUCCGCAGUCUGGGGUACUAGUUAAUACUCAAAAACAUAUGCCCCCGCCCACGGUGCGAGUCAACGGACUGGAAGGCGCCUCUCGUAUUAUCGACAAGGGGCAAGCUAUUCUCGACACUGGGCAGAAGGGCGAGCGCCUUUCGGAUAUCAUGAAGGUCAUCAGUUUGGCAACACGAGCUCGAAUGACCGGUUUACUGAGCGCAUCUUCGAGACUUGCAAAGGAGCGCCGGCAGCACUCUACAGGAAAGGUACCGGAGGAGUGGCAGGAUAUAGCAGUUCAAGGGAAGCCAGCAACCGAUGUCCCUGACGGAGCAGCCAGCCCAGCAGGUAGCUCCAGCUUAAAGCGUACGCAUUCCCAAGCAGGUAGUGACUCUUCAUUUCGCCAUGACCAAGUUUCAGGUCCUAUGCGUCUUAUAUCGACGUUUGAAAAGGUUUCACAGGCAGAAAAGGCAGCAGAAGAAGCACGCCGACAAAAGAGAGCGAAACGAAAGGUCACCAAACGAGACGAACCAGGCGCAACGGUGACCGGGACUGAUGCGACGCUCGAGCCCGCCACUGUUGCCAAUUUGGACACGGAGAAAAAGACGACGAAGAAAGAGAGGAAGCUAGCAGAGAGCAAGUUUUCCGAACAGCAACAACACAAGUCGGCCAACGAAGCAGCACGAAUGGCUGUAGCGGGUCUAUUUGGCAGUCGCUUGGGCGGCAAGAAAUCCAGAACUUACGAUUGGAUGAAUGCUGGUAAAGCAGGAGCAAGUCCUGCGGCGACUCCAGGCCGACCGCCAGCGUCUGGCGCACCGUCGACACCUGGGACACCGGCCCCUGAUCGAACCCGAACAGCUCCAAAGGAAAAGCAGUUCGGCCAAUGGGACGAAGACAAGGACUCUAAGAUCCAGGCUCGAGAUGUGUUGCUCGUGUUAGAGGGUGACGGGCGCGCCUCACGUUCCUAUGUGAGAGGGCUUAGCCUUCCGGAGAAAACUGAUUCUUGAUAUGUGCAUUUCUAGAUUUUGCAAGCAUUGCCUCGGGGAGAGAUUUUGCGGCGCGCCUUUCAUCGGCGAAGUGACAGGGCAAGCCUACUGUAAGAUAAUGGGACUUUCAUAAAAAAACAAAACAGAACCGAAAACGAAAACGAAAAGGCAGCCCAAUUGAGGUUACCAGAGAGCUGAACCUAAGCAGCGAGCCGGGACAGCACGAGAAUGACAGUGGUGGCUGCAUUGGCAUGAAAGGAGAUCAACAUAUCUGGCUUCUAUCUUCAGCAACGUCGGCUUUGGUUCACGUCAGGCUGAGUUGAGUUUGAAUUGUCCAAUCUAGACUAGUGGAAUGCGGACUAUCGUAUCGUGGCAGGCCGGGGGGCAAAUCAAGCCAUUGGCUUUGUUCGGCGAAAGAGUUCGUUGCUUCAUCCACGCACCACGCGUCCAUUCGGGUCUUGUCGCAUGUCGUGAUCGCCGUGGCACGGCAACUUGAGGUGGCGGAAACUUGUCAUCCCUCCUAUUUUUCCCCGACACCGGAUGUGAGGAGG